UUUGCCCUGCCCUGCCCGAUGGGCAGCCUGCUGAGCGGGGUCAGCUUCAAGGAGCCCACCACGGUGGAGGACUGCGACUCCACCUGGGAGACCGACUCGGAGCCCGAGGCGGCGGAGCCCGGCGGGGAGCCGCGGCGGCAGGAGGGGGUGUGCACCGCCGCGGGAGGCGGGGAAGAGCCGGCCGAGCUGCCCGCCGCAGACUGCCGGCCCCAGGAGCCCCCGCCGCCCCCGUCCCCGCCGCCGGAGGAAGGGGAGCGGGCAGAGGCGGACGCCACCAGCCCCGAGCAGAGUGCUGAUGGAACUGAGCUGACAGCCAAGCCUAAGAGAAGCUUCUACGCAGCAAGAGAUUUAUACAAGUACCGACACCAGUAUCCACAGAACUUUAAAGAUCUUCGAUAUCAAAAUGACUUGUGCAAUCUCCGCUUUUACAAAAAUAAAAUCCCAUUUAAACCUGAUGGGGUUUAUAUUGAAGAAGUCCUAAAUAAAUGGAAAGGAGACUAUGAAAAACUGGAACAUAACCACACUUACAUACAGUGGCUUUUCCCACUGAGGGAACAAGGUCUGAACUUCUAUGCUAAAGAAUUAACUACAUAUGAAAUUGAGGAAUUCAAGAAAACAAAAGAAGCAAUUAGAAGAUUCCUUUUGGCUUACAAAAUGAUGUUGGAGUUUUUUGGAAUAAAGCUAAUUGAUAAAACUGGAAACGUAGCACGAGCUGCUAACUGGCAAGAAAGAUUUCAACAUUUGAAUGAGUCUCAACACAACUACUUGAGAAUCACUCGAAUUCUGAAAAGUCUUGGUGAGCUUGGAUAUGAGAGUUUCAAAUCUCCCCUCGUAAAAUUUAUUCUCCAUGAAGCUCUUGUGGAAGAUACCAUUCCCAACAUUAAGCAAAGUGCUUUAGAAUAUUUUGUGUACACUAUCAGAGACCGAAGAGAAAGGAGGAAACUCCUGAGAUUUGCCCAGCAACAUUAUACGCCCUCAGAGCAUUUUAUCUGGGGACCCCCAAGAAAACAGAAGUCGGAGGGAAGCAAACCAAAUAAAAAGCCAGCAUCUCCAAUUUCUAUUCACAGUAGUUAUAUUUCUAAGCAUAAGAAACCAAAAGAGCCUAAGAAUACAUCGGCAAGUGGAAGCUCAGCUGGUAAAACAACUGAAGAAAGAAAGGUAGAACUCACAAAAAACGGAGAAGAAAAUGACGAGGAUGAACAAGAAAUGAACUGUGAUGCUGUUAGGCAGAACAACAGUGAAAAGGACAGUGAUACUGACACCGGUCAGCUUUCAAAAUCAGAAGAAAUUCAUGAUACUUCAGACAGAAAGGAGGACGCUUCUCAUUCCAAAAAAGAUGAUGAAAAUCUGAACAAUGACUGUGGAAAUCACCCAGGCACUAUAGCGAAAGAUUUAUGUGACACUGAGAAUUCUUCAAAUAAUGUGUCAGCAGAUCUACAAGAUAACCUUGAUAAGGAUACGCUUUCAGGGGGGACCACCACAAAAAACAAGGAUGAGCUCAAAUCAUGAGCCUGAGGUUAAAAAUCAUUAUGUUUCAUAUUGAAUGAAGCAAAUUAUUCAUUGCUCCUUCAUUUUGGGUGAAAUUUCCAUCUAGUAUAGUAUAAAAUGUUCAUGAGGCUAUGCUUGUUGCGAAUGCAUCAGAUUAGGCUUCUGUUAGGUUAAUGAAUUUUAUUUUUUUCAACCUCAGUUUAUCAGCAGCCAACCAGGUGUGGCUCUUUAAAACAAUUGUGUAUAUUCAAAGCUAAGAAAUUAAUUAUCUUUUCCAGACAGAUUGCAUAGAAAAGCUUAUCUAUUUUUUUGUCAUUAAAUUCAUCCAGUAUUUAAAAAAAAAAAAAAAACAAAACAAACAAACCUAACUUACUAGAAAGCCUUGGAACAUCAGAAUUUUUAAGUUUCUUUUAAUAUGCUAUAAGUGUUGAUUUCCUUUUAUGAAAUGACUAGAAAUUAUUUCGAGAGCACAGUUUUUUCCCUAGUGGAUAUUUUUUUAGGAACUAUGUUCAUGUUUAACGGCAGUAUUUGCACAGCAUCUUUUACCUUAGAUUAGCGUCCUUGCCGGAGACACUUAGUAACGGAUUUCAAAAUGUCCUAUGCAGCUGGGUAUCAUUGUACAUUGAAUAAAAGUUUAACUUACAGUGAAACUGUAUCCACAGC